CUGCCUUGCUUCUCCGCCUCAGCCAACCCGGGCUGUGCCGAGCUGCUCCCUGCGGGAUCAGAGCGCUCCCCCGCCGGGACCCUUCUCUCACAUCCCCCUGCUGGGACGCGGCUACAUUUCCAGCCAAGCACUGCCUGCCUUGGCUUUUUAUUAUGUGUGUCUGCACCGCAGCCCCGCCAACAGAGGCAGGCAGAGGAGGAGGGAGACUGGUAGCCCGAGUCAGGACAAAGAAAAAGCAGGGAGACAGAGGCUAGCGGAGGGUUAGGCUGCUCCAAAUAUUUGCCUCUUAUUCACACCACGGGACAGGCGAGGGGCUUUGGGGAAUAAUAACACAAGCGAAGCGGGUCAAAUUGUGGGGGGUGGAGACGCGCCGUGUCCGCCCGGUCUCCACUAGCACAGAACGGACGGACACCGAACACACACUCACACACCUGGACUGUCCCCUCGGACAUUUCCGGGGUGACUUUUAGCCGAGACGACCACAAGUUGUUUAUCCUACAGGUUGUAUAUCCACGGUGUGGUGUUUUUUUUUUACCCACCUUUUUUUUUUUCUUACCCCCGACUCCAGUGCGCGGAGGUGCCGCAUUGCAACAGGCGAGAAGAGGCGAAGAAGCGGCGGCCAAGUGGAGGAGGAGGAGGAGGGCAUUAACCCGCCUGUGUCCGCCUGCGCCCGCCUGCAUGCUCGGCUGAAAACACGGAGCGGAACAAAAACACUCGAAUAAAAAUACAACAACGGCAGAGAUGUCCAGGCGGAAACAAGCCAAACCUCGCUCCGUUAAAGCGGUAGAAGAAGGGGAAGCUUCAGAGUGUGGCCAGACCUGGGAUGAAUCAACUGUCCAGACAGAAGUCCCGGCAUCGGGCAAAGCGGCCGAGCCUAAAGUCGGUCAUGGAGCUGCUGCCGAGGACGGAGACCAAUUGGAGCAUGGCGACCGUGAGGACGACGAGCUCGAUGAUGACUCCAUCUUCACCUGCGACAACUGUCAGCAGGACUUUGACUGUUUGGCCGAGCUCACCGAGCACAGAACCAACCACUGUCCAGCAGACGGUGAUGACGAUCCGGCGGGGCUGUCCUGGGUGCCGUCCUCGCCCUCCAGUAAAGACGUGGCCUCGCCUUCGCAGAUGCCCGACGGCUGCUGCGAUCUGGGCACGGCGACGGGCGGCGAGGAGGAAGGGGGCGCGGGUCUGCCGUACCCGUGUCAGUUCUGCGACAAGUCCUUCAGCCGGCUGAGCUACCUGAAGCGUCACGAGCAGAUACACAGCGACAAGCUGCCUUUCAAGUGCACCUUUUGCAGCCGCCUCUUUAAGCACAAGAGGAGCAGAGACCGCCAUGUCAAACUCCAUACAGGGGAUAAGAAGUACAGUUGUCAAGAGUGUGAAGCUGCAUUUUCUCGCUCAGAUCAUCUAAAGAUCCAUCUCAAGACACACAGCUCCAGCAAACCGUUUAAGUGCAGCGUGUGCAAACGAGGAUUCUCCUCCACUUCAUCGCUGCAGAGCCACAUGCAGGCUCACCGAAAGAACAGAGAGCACCUUGCACUGAGGAGCGAAAAAGAUGGCGGGAAGAAGGGUGCUGGAGGCGAGGUUGACCUGGAACAGGACUUGUACAUGUGCGAUUACUGCGAGGAGACCUUCAGCCAGACCGACGAGCUGGAGAAACACGUCCUGACCAGACACCCUCAGCUGUCCGACCGCGCCGACUUGCAGUGCAUCCACUGUCCUGAGAUCUUUCUGGACGAGGGCUCGCUCGUCACUCAUAUUGAAACGCAGCAUGCCAACCGCAAACACAAAUGUCCUGUUUGUUCCGAACAAUUCCCCUCUGUUGAGGAUGUCUACUGCCACCUUGACAGCCACCGCCAACCUGACUCCUCCAUCCACAGCGCUGCCAGCCCUGACCCUGCACUGGGGAGCGUUGCUUCGAUGAGUUCGGCUACCCCAGACUCCAGUGCCAGCCUGGAGAGAGGAUCCACGCCCGACUCAACCCUCAAGCCCAGCCAGGGCAGCGAACGAGGCCGCAGAAGAGGAAACGACAGCGGGGAGGAAAUCGGGAUAAGCUUGGGACAUCCGGGUGGAGGUGGAGGAGGAAGCUGGGGUAAAGUGACAUACUCUUGCCCGUACUGCUCAAAGAGAGAUUUCAAUAGCUUGGCUGUGCUGGAGAUCCAUUUAAAGACUAUCCAUGCUGAUAAGCCACAGCAGAGCCAUACCUGUCAACUCUGCCUGGACACGCUACCCACGCUCUACAAUCUCAACGAACACGUGCGCAAAGCUCACCGUGCCAGCGGAGGAGCCGCGAGCCCGGCGGCGGCGGCCUUUCCGCUCCUGCAGUUCACUAAUGUGACAGCGUUCCACUGUAACUACUGUCCAGACAUGUUUGGGGACAUCAACUCUCUGCAAGAACACAUCCGAGUGUCCCACUGUCUGCCUGGUGGGAUUAUGGCGGGCUCCACCACAUUAGAAGGGAACCAUGCCUUCUUCUGCAACCAGUGUUCCAUGGGAUUUCUGACGGAGUCUUCGUUGACGGAACAUAUUCAACAGACGCACUGCACAUCGGCUGUGGGGGGCAGGGCUGCGUCCGGUGGAGCGGUGGCCAAACUGGAGUCCCCGGUGCUGCAGUCCGCAUCCCAAUCUUUCAUGGAGGUUUACUCCUGUCCGUACUGCACCAACUCGCCUAUCUUCGGCUCGCUCCUCAAGCUCACCAAGCACAUCAAGGAGAACCACAAGAACAUUCCGUUGGCGAACAACAAAAGACAAGCGAAGGUGGCAGACCUAAGCCCCGCCUCCUCCGACGUAGAGAUCUCCUCCUCGAAACGCCACAGACUGGGAGGGGACUCCACCCCCUCCAUAGGCAGCAACGGGGACUACCCCUGCAACCAGUGCGAUCUGCGGUUUUCCAGCUUCGAGGGUUUCCAGGCGCACCUGAAGUCGCACCUGGAGAUGCUGCUGAGGCGCCAGUCGUGCCCGCAGUGUAACAAGGAGGACUUCGAAUCCCAGGAGGCAUUGCUGCAACACUUGACUGUGCACUACACCACCACGUCCACUCAGUACGUGUGUGAGAGCUGCGAUAAGCAGUUCUCCUCGGUGGAUGACCUGCAGAAACACCUGCUGGACAUGCACACGUUUGUCCUCUACCACUGCACACUCUGCCAGGAAGUCUUUGACUCCAAGGUCUCCAUCCAGGUCCAUUUAGCAGUGAAACACAGCAAUGAGAAGAAGCUGUUUCGUUGCACAGCCUGUGCCUGGGACUUCAGGAAGGAAACAGAACUUCAGCUCCAUGUGAAGCAUAACCACCUGGGCCAGAGGGCAGGCCUCCCCGGAGGGCUUGGAGCAGGUCUCAAGCCCAGGAAGUGCAUCUUCUGCGGGGAGACGUUUGGAACGGAGGUGGAGCUCCAAUGUCACAUCACCACUCACAGCAAGAAGUUCACAUGUCGCUUCUGUGGCAAAACCUUCCACGCCAUCUCGCAGCUGGAGAGACACCUCAGGGAGAAGCACUGCAUCUUCGAGGGGGGCAACGUCACCGGCAACGGCGGCGGCACGGGGAGCAGCAGUAGCCAGAACGGCACACCCAAUGGCCUGACGCAGUCGUCCAAACGAGGAGGGAGCGGCGCAGGUGCAAACGCCACAGAGAGAACAACGGUGGCGGCCGCAGAGCAAGCCGACCUCCAGAACAUGUUGCUGAAGAACAGCGUCGCCGGCGGCCAGGCUGGAGACACGGCCAACAGCCACGAGGCCAGCGGGGGCGAGGAGGAGCUGGACAACUCUGAGCCGAUGUAUGCCUGCGACAUUUGUGGCGCGGCGUACACCAUGGAGUCCCUUCUUCAGAACCACCGGCUGCGAGACCACAACAUCCGGCCGGGAGACGAUGACGCGGGUUCACGGAAAAAGAAAGCAGACUUCAUCAAGGGCAACCACAAGUGCAACGUCUGUUCCCGGACAUUCUUCUCUGAGACCGGCCUUCGCGAGCACGCUCAGACGCACCGCGGCCCUGCCAAACACUACAUGUGUCCGAUAUGCGGCGAACGCUUCCCUUCCCUGUUAACCCUCACAGAACACAAGGUGACCCACAGUAAGAGCCUGGACACAGGGACCUGUCGAAUCUGUAAGAUGCCGCUGCAUAGCGAGGAGGAGUUUAUAGAGCACUGCCAGAUGCACCCUGACCUCAGAAACUCCCUCACGGGCUUCCGCUGUGUAGUCUGCAUGCAGACCGUCACCUCCACCCUGGAGCUUAAGAUCCACGGCACUUUCCACAUGCAGAAACUCUCCACCGGUUCCUCUCUCGGAGGAACCGGAGGGGGACUAUUGAACGCAGCAGGAAACGGCUCGGCAUCUUCCUCCCCCAACGGGCAGCUGCAGCAGCACAAGUUUUAUAAGUGUGCUUUUUGUCUCAAGGAGUUUAAGAACAAAGGGGAGCUGGUGAAGCUGGACGUGAACGGCUUGCCUUAUGGCCUUUGUGCCAGCUGCAUGAGCAGGGGCACUAACGGCCAUAGCCCCAACCAAGGAGGGGCUCUCACACCAGGGGACACGCAGGGGGAGAAGCCUGUGUCCGGGCUGAGGUGUCCUGAGUGUGGGGUGAAGUUCGAAAGCGUGGAGGACUUGGAGAGUCAUGUCCAGACCGAUCACCCCGAUGUCAGCCCUGAAAGCUCAGCCGGGAAAAAGGCCGAGGCUUCACCCGCUCCUAAGAAAAAGACCUACCAGUGUAUUAAGUGCCAAAUGACGUUUGAGACGGAGCGGGAGAUCCAGAUCCAUGUUGCAAAUCACAUGAUCGAAGAGCCCACCUGUCGGCAAGAGGAGGGCAUCAAUCACGAGUGCAAGCUGUGUAACCAGAUGUUUGAUUCACCUGCCAAGCUGCUCUGCCACCUGAUAGAACACAGCUUCGAAGGCAUGGGAGGUACCUUCAAGUGUCCCGUCUGCUUCACAGUGUUUGUACAAGCCAACAAGCUGCAGCAGCACAUCUUUGCUGUCCACGGUCAAGAGGACAAGAUCUACGACUGUUCCCAGUGUCCUCAGAAGUUCUUCUUUCAGACUGAACUGCAGGUAAGGAUGGCUGCCUACUGUGUCUUUCAUCCGUCUGGUCUGAAUCAGGACACUUUUGCAAUACACUGGUACACGUUUAUGUCGACGCCCCUCGGACUGACUGACGUCGACAUAAGCGGAUGCCGAAAUCAGUCACUGCUUGUACUUUAGUUAGAACGGGUGAUAAGGUUAUCUUCAAGCUUGGUAAAUCGAUGGUGUUUCCCAAAGGAAAUCUAUUGAUGGUGUAGGGAAGGGGUGUCCAAAGUGUGGCCCGGGGGCCAUUUGCGGCCCGCA